CGCCUCCCCCGUCCCGUCUCGUCCCCUCUCUCUCUCUCCCUCUCGCGUCUCGUCUUGGCCACUCACCCCACCCGCCCCCUCUCUCUUUCUCUCUCUCUGCCACAGUGCACUGCUCAGUCGGCAGUCGCAGCGCUGCGGCUGUGGUUCUUCUUGUCCUGUUCCGCCGCCCGCCCGCCCGCUGCUACUGCUGGGAUAGUGAAACGUGAGUGCUAUUGCCUGCAUCCCCCCCUGUUGGUGCUGGAGUUGGAUCCUUCCCGUUUGGUGCCUUGCUACGCCCGUCCAGAUUCUUGCAUCUCCUCUUCUUCCUUCCUGCUCCUGCUGUGCAUGCGUUUGCGCGCAUGCUCUCGCCUUCUUCAUAUCAUAUCCUCCCUCCUGCUCUGCUCUGCUCGGGCUCUUUGCCACCCCGGCCGAAUCUUGAGUUCCUGACGCAGGGUAGGGAGCCCCGUGUUCCUCGAUUGCUUCCACCCCGUGCUGCUGCCUGGAUUCCGAGCGGCAGCUGGUGCCUGGUGGUUCGGUUAGGUGCUUCCCUCGUCAACGUCAGACGCCCCCACUUCCGCCAGCAACAACACCAGCAGCAGCACGAUGAUGAGCUUCAGGAGCAGCAGCCACGAGGGCUUCGGCUUCGGCCACGCCGCCGCCGCGGCCAGCGGAGCGCCGCUGCCGUGGUGGGCAGGGCCGGCCCCGAUGCUGAGCGGCGAGCCGCUGGCCCUGUCGCCGGAGGCCCACUGCCGGGACGGCCGCAUCCAGGCCCCCCAGGGACCUCCCGUGCCGUCGGUCAAGGCUCCUGUACUGGCACCCCAGCAGCCGCCUCCGCUGCCGGAGAGGGGGAUCCCUGAGCUCCUCAACCUCUCCGUGGAUCCUCAAGGUAAAGGGAAGAAAGGAUCUGAUCACUCUGCCACUAUUGCUUUGCAAUCACCAUUUGCAAUAUACAAUGCUCAUUUUGAGCUGGGCCUUGGUCAAUCAAUGAUUUCCGCUGAUAAUUCUUAUGCUGAUCAACACUAUGGCCUGCUUUCUCCUUAUCCAGUGGGUGCAACGCCUGGAGGUCGUCUGCUUAUACCACUGAAUAGGCCAACAGAAGCACCAAUUUAUGUGAACGCUAAGCAAUAUGACGCCAUCAUGCGUCGGCGCUGUGCCCGUGCCAAAGCAGAGAGGGAAAAUAGGCUGGUCAAAGGCAGGAAGCCAUAUCUCCAUGAGUCACGCCAUCAGCAUGCACUGCGUCGCCCGCGAGGCUCUGGCGGACGCUUCCUGAACACAAAGAAAGAAUCCAGCGGGAAGGAUGCUGGUGGUGGCAGCAAGGCAAUGUUCAGCAACCCCCUCAUGCGCCAGGUGGCGUCUCCAAGCUCAGAGAUCCAGCAGUCAGACCUGGGCAACCCGAGCAGCGUGUCCAGCCUGUCGGGUUCAGAGGUGUCAAGCAUGUACGACCAUGAAGACGCGGGUCACUGCCACGGCUUGGAUCACCCCUUCUUCACCCGGCUCCCGAGCAUCAUGGACGGCGGCGAGCACGGGGUCAUCGUCGGCAACCCCUUCAAGUGGGCAGCGGCCUCUGAAGUCUGCUGCGACCUCCUGAAAGCAUGACUAGAGGGGUUACCGGACGGCCAAACGCUAGGAGCUGGUGACUGCUGGCGGUUUCCAGCUCCGGGUCAGGGGUUGUCCCUCCCUCCGUUUGGCUCCCGGUAGGCAAAUCAUUCUUGGCUGAAGGCAACGUGAGCGUUCCACUCGUCCCACCUAUUUCUCCUGGAAACUCUGGCUCCUAGUUUCUGGGAUCUUGUGGUGAGUGCAACAUCCCUUGCCUAAAAAAACAAAAAAAAAUCACUAGUUGAUUGUACUAUCUACCAACUUCUAAAUGGUUUCACCUUAGCUUUCUGAAUAAUAAAGCCUGAAACUUCGGACUCGUCUGAAGUUUCAGAGGUACUGGAGUUCUGCUAUGUAUGGAUUCUGUUAAGCGUCAAGACUAAGGUUCUGUUGGUGAUGAAUUGUAGUGUGAUUGGAGCUUGGGUGGUCUUGAUUCCUACUUUGUAAUGUGCUGAAAGCUUGUGCUAGAGUAAUGUAUUGGAACUGGAGCUUGGUUUGUAUUUUGCUUUUUGUGCCAUGGCUUUGGAGUUGUGGCUUUUUGUGCCAGGAAGGAUUCUGUUUAUGACCGGCCUUUGCAGAUUAGUUCUUGAACUAAACUGAAUGGGAACUCAGCUAAAAACUGAGCUGUUUGAA